AUGGAAACAAUAGAAGAACCUUUGACACUUAAUUCUUCAAAUGAAAACACAAAAAACAACGUUGAUAUCAUAGAAACACCAGUGGAUCGUACAGAAGCGGAUGUGUGUCACAAAUCUAAUGGUGUCGUCGAUGUUUACGAAGCUGGGCCGGCUGAUGAAAGCAAUGUCGUUACCGAAACAGUUAUUAUACAAGAAAGUGAUGAAAUAUUGGAAGGAUCAAACGAAGAAGCCGUUGUAGCUGAUGAUAUGGAGGCAACAGUGGAGGUACCUUCAAUAACCAUGUCUAAUGCUAUCACUUUAAAUGAGACUUUGCUCGGUGAAGCAGAGCCAACUAUCAAAUUACAUGAGCCUGAUGCCGAAAUGGAAAUUGAUGGUUUAGAUAGACCUGUGUAUCAAGAAGUUGUGGUACAAAGUACUGAGCCUAUGGUUGAAGUCUCUAACACAGAAUCAUGUGUCGAAGAUACUUCAGACAGGACAUCUCCAGUUCCUGUAAAUAAUGCAGAGGCUUCUAUGGUUGUAAUCAAUCAUGAAGAGUCGUCCAGUAAUGACAAAGUUAGGUUUAAGACUGAAAUUUUGAUUGAGAAAAAUGAUGUCAAUGAAAACAAUUUAAACGAAAAGGAAACUAAUUCAGAUGAGCAAGCUGCUAAUAAUAUUUUGAGUGAAUUAGGUCAAGGCAUAGAACUGAGUGAAGCCUUAAGGUCUUCAGAUGUAACUGACAAUGUAGAAAACAAUAAUUGUUCUGGGCGUCAAGAAGUUUUUAACAAAGAAGAACUCUUAGAUAUUUUACAAGGGAAAGAUGGUGGAUCGUCAUCUAAUCAAGUUAGUGAGCUUAUCGAAAACAGUACAAUUAAACCUAAAUUAUUAGAAGCCCAAUUAGCUUUAGAACAACUCACAAGACUGAAAAAUAGUAAAAAAAAGAAAAGUUUUGAAAGAAUGCCAAAGCAAAAAAAGGUUGAAAAGAAAGAGGAUAACAAAAUGGAUAACAUUAUUAAUGUCUUGGUUCAAGAUUGGGAAGAUGAAGAGACAAUAGAAACAGAUAAAUCAGUAAAGUCAAUAAAAGAAACAAACUCCGUUUUUAAAUCUGAUGAGCUAAAAGAAGUUCAGUUAGCAAUUACAUGCAAAGAUGAGCUUAUCAGGACUUCAAUUGAUUCUGCGGCUAGUGAAGACCAAAACCAAAAAUGUAAAAGUGGGGAUGAGGGUCAACCUCAAAGAAGGUUGGGAAGAAUUAUUAAAAAAAAGGUUAUUUUUGAUCCAGAUAAUCCAGAUACAUUUACUAAAGGUAAAUCUCUUUCUAAAAACAAGGAAACAAGUCAUGAUAAAGAAUCUCCACCUAUUAAAAAAGGCAAAUCUGAAAUGUCAAUUUUGAGAUCAAAAUCUAAGUCUCCUAUAUCAAAACUACAGUGGAAGAAGCCAUCUCCUAAAAAUGCAAAGCAAAAUAAGAGAUUGUCAGAGGUUGAUAAACUUUUAAUGGAUGAAGGGGCUGUGAAUAUGAUAUACCAACUUACUCCUGAAGCACCAAAAGGUAAGAAAAAUGUUAAGACAAAAGCAGAGUUCAUUAAAAAGUUGCAAAGUUCCACACCAGAGGGCAAAGAAAUGAAAUUUCGAGAGAGAAAGAAAGAUGCAUCAAAAUAUGAAGAUGGGGAAGCAAAAAGAAUUUUAGGUGGAAAACACAGGGUAUCAUUAAGCAGUUCUGUAAAGUCUCCUUCAGUCUGUGAAGACUUUGAGACACAUAGUGCAGAUGACUCAAUAAUUUAUCGCCGUCACUCAUCUAGUUCCUACUCAAGUACAUGUAUGAGUCCGAGGCGGUUAAGCGAUGUAGAAUCUGGUGGAGGUCAAACUAAUGUACGAUCAUCACAACUCUCAACGGAGAAAGCCAUUAAAACCACUGUAGGACAAGCCAAAAACCAAGGAACAGAAUCUUUCAUGUCAGAUUCUAUUAAUUUAUCAAAUACUGAAAUGAUAAACAGGGAUGAUUGCUUGUCAAUAAAGGAAAAACUUAAAUCUAAACUAUCACUUGCUUUAAACAAAAGGAAACGAGAAAUUACUAAAAAUGAUAAGGCACCAAAACAAAAAAAAGUGAAGGAAAUAGAUGUACCAAAAGUGGUAGUUGAAAAUGAAUUUAAGAGUGUAAUUGUAAAUAUUGAGCAAAGACUAGCUGAGAUAAGUGUAAUAAAAGCACCUAGAUACAAUGUUGAGGUCCUUAAGGAGUUAGAACAGGCCUUGCAAUAUGUUGAUGCGAGAAAAGACAUAUCAGUCACCCUACUUACAUCCCAAUGUGGCACAUUGUGCUCAAAGUUAGAUUUAAGACCAAUAUUGAUUGAUGAUGAACAAAGAAGAGCUGUGAAUGCAUUUGAAAUAGCCGAGUCCGUGAGGUCCCUGUUGAGCACGUUGGACCAGCACAGCAAGCUCCUGUGCACGGGCGUGUGGGGCGCCUGCAGCGGCGUGUCGCUGGCGCUGGUGGCGCGCAGCGACGUGGCGCUGGCUUCGGAGAGCGCCACCUUCGGGGCGGCGCCGUCCCGCCACGGCGCGCUGGCGCCCGGCCUCGGCGCGCUCCUGGCCCACCCGCGCACCACUCUGCCGCAGGCGCUGAUAAAUGACCUGGUCGUGUUCGGGCGACGGAUAUCGGCCUCCGAGGCGCUGCAAGCCGGCUUGCUGACCAGGUGCCUUUGGCCAGAACACUUCAACGAUCAAUUGCGGAGCAUCGUGAAGGACAUUGCCGCCCAGCCCCUACAGGUAACUGAUUGCGCUUACCAAGCCUGCUUCUUCAAGCUUGACAAGAUAGUCUCACUGUGGGACCGAUGGUGGCGGCUGGUGGACAGUUUGGCUUACCAUGUGUGGCUUAAAAGAUGUGACAUCAUGUGCACUUGUGGGUACUUACCAAAGAAUAAAGCACUCCCCAUACGUAUUAUCUAC